GGUUUCACUUUAACGACGUUUCGUUUAACGAUUCUCAGUUUCUUCAGAUAUUCGAAGCAUCGUGUCGUGAGAAAUUCUUCGCCUCCCACUAUUGAACCGAGCUUACUUUCCUUUUUACUUUCUCUGUUGACGGAACUUAAACCUCGCACAGUCCAUCCCGAACUUCCUAUGCGUCUAGACACUUCCUUUCUCGGUGUCUCCCUCGAAGAAAAAAAUUCCAAACAAUGCUGUUGCCUGCAUUUUAAAUCGUUACAGUGAUUACUUUCUCCCUCGUUUGAUAUUGAGAAUUGAAAAAAAAAAAAAAGUCGUCGAACAAAAUGAACAAUUAAAAGAUAAUUUUAUUUUGUUAUUAAAAAUUCGCGAAAGUCUUGGACAAUCGGUAAUUGAGUAUUGCAUAAUGGGGAUAUACACAAAGCCCUUGUUGGAGAAUCAAAAUACGCAGAGGAAAAGUAAUCAGAUACUCGCGACGAAUGUAAUCCAACAGAUGCAUCACGUGUCGAGGGAGAGACGAGGUGAGACGUACGGGAAAUUCAAAGAAUUUCGCGGGUGUACCAUUUGGCUGACAGGAUUGUCCGGUGCUGGAAAGACUUCCAUAUCGUUUCGACUCGAAAAUUACCUCGUCUCCCAAGGUAUACCGGCCUACAGCAUCGACGGCGACAACGUCCGCCAUGGGUUAAACCGGAACCUCGGCUUCACCAAGGAAGAUCGGGAGGAAAACGUGCGAAGGGCGGCCGAAGUGGCAAAAUUAUUUUCCGAUUGCGGCAUAAUCACUAUCUGCAGCUUCGUCUCGCCAUUCGAGGCGGACAGAAGAUCGGCAAGGAGGAUCCACGAGGACUUCAACUUGAGAUUCUUCGAGAUCUUCGUGCAAGCAUCGAUGCAGACUUGCGAGGCGAGGGACGUGAAAGGUCUUUACGAGAAAGCGAGGAAAGGGAUGAUCAAAAGCUUCACGGGUAUUGGGCAGGAUUACGAGGUACCCAAGCAUGCGGAUCUCGUCCUGAACACGGAGAUUCACGAUUUGGAAACGUCCACGAGGCUGGUGAUCGAGUUCCUGAGGAAGAAGGGUGUACUUCCGCCGACUCGAGAGAAAGUCGAGGAAUUAUUUGUGGAGGAGAAGAGGAUAGGAGAGGCGAGGAGGGAGGCGGAGAGUCUUCCUAGCAUUGAAAUCACUAAUGUCGAUUUGCAAUGGAUCCAAGUGUUAGCCGAGGGAUGGGCAACCCCGCUUAGAGGUUUUAUGAGAGAGGAUCAAUAUUUGCAGUGUCAACAUUUCAAGAUCAUCGAAGAAAAUGGGGACAGUAUUAAUCAAUCUGUACCCAUUGUACUUCCUGUUAACACGAGUGAAAAAGAGAGAUACAUCAACGCACCGGCACUCGCUUUGAAAUACCAAGGCCGAGCUGUAGCGAUUUUGAGGAGACCAGAAUUCUUUGCGCAUCGAAAGGAGGAAAGAUGCUGCAGAGAAUUCGGAACAAACGAUCCAGGCCAUCCUUACGUAAAAAUGAUCCACGAAUCAGGAGAUUGGCUGGUUGGAGGGGAAUUGGAGGUUUUGGAAAGGAUUAGAUGGAACGACGGCCUUGACGAGUUCAGACUCACCCCUAACGAGAUUAGGGAAAAGUGCAGAGAGCUGGGCGCAGACGCUGUUUUCGCAUUUCAGUUGAGAAAUCCGAUACACAAUGGCCAUGCACUUUUAAUGCAGGAUACAAGGAGAUAUCUCGUUGAAGAGCGCGGUUUCAAAAAACCAGUUCUUUUAUUACAUCCUCUGGGAGGAUGGACAAAAGAGGACGACGUACCACUACCAGUAAGAAUAAAUCAACACCAAAGUGUUCUCGAAGAAGGCGUGUUACACGAAGACACCAUUCUCGCCAUUUUUCCAAGUCCAAUGCUUUAUGCUGGACCCACAGAGGUGCAAUGGCACGCAAAAGCAAGAAUGAUGGCGGGCGCAAAUUUUUACAUAGUUGGCCGUGAUCCUGCGGGUUUGCCACAUCCAGACAAAUCUAAAACUCCGGAUGGAAAUCUAUACGACGGAACGCACGGCUCCAGAGUACUGUCGAUCGCACCAGGUCUUCAGAAUCUCGAAAUAAUUCCAUUCAGAGUAGCAGCUUAUGACAAUAGAAUAAGAAAAAUGGCGUUCUAUCAGCCUGAAAGAUCUCAAGAUUUUAGUUUUAUAUCAGGAACUAAAAUGCGAAAUCUAGCAAAAUCUGGUGAAAAUCCGCCAGAAGGAUUCAUGGCGCCAAAAGCGUGGCAAAUUAUUGCAAAUUAUUAUAAGAAACAACUAAAUAAAGAAGCGUAAUUAAUUUCUGAUAGAUAUUAUGUAUAAAGAAUUACUUUAUAUUAAUCAUAUAAAUAUUGUAUAAUAUAAUAUAUAUGUUUAAAUUUAAUUAAAAAUAAUAAAUAAAAAUACUUCUGUAUACCAAGU